UUUUCAAAUAGCAAACAAGAAAAAUGGGGAUCGUAGCAUUCAACUGGGCAAAGGAAGGCAACAACCGGCUGACUCUUGUGAUGAACAGAGACAAUUGGGCAAACAGGGUCAUAAAUGGGGCGUCUUGGGAAGGUCAGAAUUUGAGUGGUCGGAGCGUAGACAACAACGGAACGUGGUUUGCUAUUUCGCGUCAACGAGGCCGAGUGGCGUUUCUCAUGAGUAGCCAGUUGUUGGGAGACGCCGUUGAUCUAAACUACAGUGGCGGCGAGUUGUAUCCCAUUCUAUUCUUGGAGAGCGAUUUGAGUCCACUGGAGUUUGCCCGCAAUUUGGCAGAGCGUGAAGCGGCUGAACAUAAAGAGAGGACCUAUUGCCUUGUAGUCGCAGACAUGGCUUUGAAUUCAAUGGUUUGUAUAAGGAAACGCGCCUUAAACGAGACCGAUGUCAAUAUACGAACCGUUCCCUUUGGUGUGCACACUCUUUCUCCUUACUACGGUCUCGAUUCACAUUCUACCAAGGAUUCACUCCUGGAAAACCAUUUUACUCAGAUGAUUGGUGCUCUCGGAAACGAUCAGCUACCACUGCUUCAGGAGUUUGCUUGGAACUUUAUGGGUAGCCCUGGCGCAGAAGGUCGGCGAACGGUGUUUGUUGAAUUUUCGGCAUUUCACCAUAACAAACAAGUAUUUGAAGAUAGGAUACGCUUUGGAACAACAAGUACGACAGCAUUGGCCGUGGAACGCACAGGGGGAGUAACAUUCUUUGAGAGGUACAGGGACACAAAUGGUGAAUGGAAAGAGCACGACUUUCGUUUCAAUAUCCAGUAGAGAGACAGAGUUACAAAGAAAGCAUCAUUGCGCAGCAUCCUAAUAUAUAAAUUUAUCUUAUAGUAAUUAACUAAUAAUAAUCUUGUUGAUGCUGUAAAUAGAUCUCUAUAAUUUAACCUUGUCGAUCGAUUCACGGAAACCUGUUUCCUUGAUCGCACUAUA